GGCUUUCUGGCGUUAACACAAGAAGGCGGUCCGUAAAUUCAAAUUCAGUGUCAGCAUACACCCAUAGAUAAGACUGAAAAUUCUUGGACUAAACAAACAUUUAGUUUGCCACAUAGUAGAGGAAUUCAUCAAGGAACUCCUACAAUGGCCGCCAUAAUUGACAGCGAGGUUUUUCUGGCCUUCUCCACUUACGCAACCAUUGUCAUUCUCAAGAUGAUGUUCAUGAGUUUUUUAACUGCAUACUUCCGAAUCACCAGAAAGGCAUUUGCAAACAUUGAAGAUAUUCACAUGCACAUGGCCAAAACUCCUGAGGAGAAGAAAAAGAUGCUGCGGGUCAAUGAAGAUGUGGAACGUGUUCGAAGAUGCCAUCUGAACGACCUGGAGAACAUCAUUCCCUUUGUGUUGAUUGGCUUGCUCUAUACUCUGACAGGACCAGAGCUUUCCACCGCUCUGCUUCACUUCCGCCUGUUUGUAGGGUCUCGUUUUGUGCACACAAUAGUGUACGUGACCUCAAUGCCUCAGCCCAGUAGGGGUCUGUCCUGGAUAGUGGGCAUAGGCGCUAUUGUCUCCAUGGCCUACCACGUCCUCAACACUGUACUGAGGCUGUAACGAGAACACUCUGAGGAACAUCUCCAAACAUCAGACCUUUCAUGUCUUAUCUUUUCCUGUCUUAUCUUUCAUGUCUUAUCUAUUUCCUGUCUUUUCAUGUCUUAUCUAUUUCUAUCUAUUGUUAACUUUUAGUGUAGCACUGUAUACAUUUCUCUUUUAAAAGUGAAAUUUGCAGUGUUUUGUCACUAAUAACACCAAGUAUAAACUCUAUUAUAAUAUUGACUUUAUUCCAUAUUGACCUAGAGAUUAUUCUUUUAUGUUAUUUUUAAUCCAAUCUAUUUUUAGAGGACUGUUGUUGUACUUAUGCAUGAAAUGGCAACUGGAACUAAUUUUGGUGCUUCAUACCAACGGCAGGUGAAUAGUUAUGCACUCACAAAUCUUAUGU